UUUAAAUGCGAAUUUACGUCCUUGUAUAGCUACGCUCACAUACAUACACACAUACAUGCGAAUAUGCGUGCAUAUGUAUGUAGGUACAUAUGUAUGUGAAGGUAGCAUAAUGAUGGAACGUUUUAUAUAAUUAGACUAACAACGAACACGAAUAAAUAAGAAGCGCAAAAACAAGGUGAAUAAAUAAGGACAUACCUAAGGACACGCAUAUGUCGAAAAUGUCACAUUCCUUGGUUCUGUGAUCGUAUUUAUAGUUUUAUGGAGGACACAAAAUGAAUAAUUUACCACAUAUAUCGACGUUUUAUUCUUAGUACGAAUCUUGUGAAUGGCCCCAGAAGUAUUUCCUAUUGUCAGAUCAUCAAUGUGUGUUGGAAAUCGGUUCGCUUCUUUUACACUAAUCAAGAUAAAGCGAUGACAAUUAAAAUUGCUGCAUGAUGAUUCUCACAAACUUUUUACUUCCGACACCGUCCGAAUCACAAUUCGACCUGCCACAACUUUAAUUCUCCAACAAUUUAGUUAUCAUAAAACCUCCUGCUGAGAUUUUACGAAAAUGCACGCCAAUGCUGCUUCUGACCGUGGAGGAGCAGGAGGAUCAUGGAGACUUCCACCGGAUGAGACAUUACAGGUUCAAGAUUCAAAGCAGAAAGAUCAAGACUUUGAUUUGGAUGAAGGACACAACUGGCGCAGUAUUAUCUUCUCUCUAUUAGUUAUUAGUUUCGUAAUAGCUGGUAUAAUAACUGCUAUAUAUUUACUGGGAUAUGUGGACGAGCUUUUAUAUUGGUCGGGUCGAAGAAUGAUUCUUGAUGAAUAUCUACAAGGAGAGCUGACGCCAACAAGAUUGCCCCCAUCUUGGGUGACAACGAAAAAAUAUGUAUUUCAAUCCGACGACGGAGGGCUUUCCCUAUUGGAUACAACAGUUAAUUCAAUAAACAUUUUAGUUACAAACCAUACCAUUCGUCAACUAAAUGUGCGGGGAUAUCAAUGCUCGCACGAUCUUAAAUAUGUCCUGUUCAGGCAUAAUGUAAAAAAAAUAUUUCAGAAAUCUUUCACUGCGUUUUACACAAUCUAUGAUGUAGAUAAUGACCACCAUAUGCCAGUGAAGUUAAAAGACUCAUCAAAGGUGCAAAGAACCCGACUUCAAUAUGCUGCCUGGCUGGGAAAUACAACUUCAAUCAUUAUUGUUGCUGACAAUGAUAUAUUUGUAAGACAAUCUCCUUCGAUGGAAGAGGAUAUAAGGAUAACAAUGACAGGGCAAGAUAACAAUAUUUAUAAUGGAGUUCCUGAUUGGCUUUACCAGGAGGAAAUUUUUGAUAUUCCGGAAGCAAUUUGGUCGUCAACUGAUGGAAGUCACUUUAUUUUCGCCUCAUUUAAUGAUACUCACGUCGGGAUGAUGACAUAUCCAUGGUUAUCAUCUGGUGCCAUUAUUGCUGGUAGCGGUAUGUCAUCGGGGAGCUCAUUUCCUGAGACUAAAAAUGUUCGGUACCCUACGCCCGGCACUGCCAAUCCUGAAGUUCAGCUAUGGAUAGUCGACAUAACAAAUUUUAUGUCAAUAGUGAAAAUGAAAUUAAGACCUCCACCUUCCUUAAAUGAACAAGAUUAUUACAUAACAUCAGCUGGUUGGGUAGCCGGUAGCAAUAAUCAAGUAUCUGUCGUUUUUAUGAUACGUUCUCAAAAUUAUACUAUAAUCGCGACAUGCGCAAAAGAUUUAAAUUGGAUAUGUGCAGAAAUUCAUUCCGAGCGCGCGCCUGAAGAUGAGUGGCUAGAUAUUUUUCCACAUCCCGUUUUUGCUCCCGACGGAAACAGUUUCUUACUGCUCGCUGGUGUUCAGGAAUCAGGAAAUGACCAUUUCACCCACAUUAAACACAUCACUAUAUCACAGCAGAGAAUUUCGGUUAUAUCCCAUGGCCGAUAUGAGGUUCUAAAAAUCUUGUGCUGGGAUACAACGAAUCAUGUGGUGUAUUAUCUGGCUACUCAAGAUAAAAAGCCUGGUCAAAGACAUUUGUAUUCCGUAAAAGAUCCUGUUCAUGAUGAUACCAGAAAAAGCGAACCUCAAUGUAUUACUUGCGACUUGGGCGAAGCUCUAUGGAGUAGUAGAUAUUAUUAUACAAAUUGUUCUCAUUUUGACGCCUUUAUUACACCAGCAACUGGUUUAGCAACGAACUAUGGAAUUGAUUUCUACAUCCUCGAGUGUCAAGGUCCAGGAUUACCGGUCUCAGGGGUGCACACACAAAAGACUCACAGCCUUGUGAAAAUUUUGUAUGAUACACGACCAUUCUACACGGAAAGGUUACAAAAACUCGCCUUACCAAUUCAGAGAUCAUUUGAGAUUCCAUUGCCGCACGGUAGCCGGGCACAAGUGCAGUUACUUUUGCCACCCAGCUGGAGAGAAGAACUCCGGGACGCAGCAUUUCCUGUUGUUGUUGAAGUAAACGGCCGUCCGGGCUCUGAGUCUGUUUCCGAGAAGUUUAGAAUAGAUUGGGGUACAUACAUGUCCUCCAGAAAUGAUGUUAUUUAUGUGCGUUUGGAUGUUAGAGGAGCAAAAGGUCAAAGCAAAAAAUCUUUAUAUCGCCAUUUGGGGGGAGUGGAAGUUCAGGAUCAAAUAUCUGUUUUGAGAUAUCUAUUGGAUACCAUCAGUUUUUUAGAUGAAACGAGAGUUGGUAUUUGGGGCUGGGGAUAUGGGGGAUAUGUUACUUCAAUGGUUUUAGGAACGCAACAAGACGUCUUCAAGUGUGGCAUAUCGAUCUCCCCUAUCGCAGAUUGGCUUUAUUAUAAUUCUGCCUUUACUGAACGCAUAUUAGGUCUACCUGCUGAAAACUAUAAAGGAUAUGUAGAAGCUGAUGCAACGCAACGUGCUCGACUAAUUAAAUCGAACUCUUUCUUUUUGAUUCACGGCUUAGCGGACUCUACUGCACCGUAUGUGCAUGGUGUACAACUAGCUAAAUCAUUAACUGAAGCAAAUAUCUUAUAUCGUUAUCAGACUUAUGCUGAUGAAGGCCACGAUCUAAAUGGAGUGUUAGAGCAUGUGUAUUCCUCUAUGGAGCACUACUUUGCCGAGUGCCUAAGCUUGGAUCCCGAUGAUACAAAGCCUGAUUUGGAACAAAAUAUGGUACCUGCUGAAUAGCGGGCUUAAAAAUCUUCGAAAUGUAUAUAGAAUAGGCUAAUUAUUAUAAUAUUACACAGAACUUGAACUGUUAUACCAAUACGAUUAGAUACACUGGUUGUUUUCCAACGAAGGACAUUUAAAACUCGUAAUAUGGCUCACGUAAUGCUUCGUACUUAAAAAUAUAAAAUACAUAAAUCACAUGAUUUCGAGUUGUGCAAAUUAUCUCUUAAUCGAUGAUUAUAUUGUGCAGAAUGUACAUUUUUAUACAUAUAUAUAUAUAUAUAUAUAAUUUUUUUUUUUGUAAAAUCUUUAGUAUAUAUUCCUUCCAAAGAGCCCCAUUCGCUUUGGAGCAAAUUACAUGCUUCCUUUUCCAGACCUUCCUUAAUAUAUAGUUAAAUAAUGUAAUAAGUAUAUACAGCUUUAUUUGUCUAUCAUCACCAGUUUGUACAAUAUUUAAAGAAUAUGGCAGUGGUUUUAACAUUUUAUACUGCUUUCAGUAAGCUCUUAAAAUCAUACAUAUUUGAUCUUUUAGAUCGCUGAUAACCGGAACGAAAAAAAAACGUAUUAUCUAAAAAGGAAUUAAAAAGACAUAGCCUAAGUCGCUUGCGAAAACAAUUGAAA